GGCGCACGCGCUUUGUUGGGGGGGGAAAACCCGUUUUCUGUCAACAUGUAGGAACUGCGACGCUUGUUUGAAAGUGAGCCCGCAAAAUUCAUCUUUAAUAUUCACCGACGGGGCCAGAUUCUUUGCCUGAGACCAAAGGAUAAUGUACAUGUGUUCACUUUUAUACGUUCUAAAUCGGAUUCAUGCUUUGAAGAUAAUUUCAGUGCCACUGACCGUCAUUUGUGAGUGAAACUGAACUGGAGCAUAUCUGGAGUGACUGGCAUUUCUACCUUUGCUUACAUGAGGAAGUUUGGUGCCUGUGGUAGGCUGUGUGUGUUUGUUCCUCACCAGUGAUUCCUUAUGCUUGAUAGGAGCGUCUUACAGAAUGGAUGGUGUGGACUUGAAUAGACUUGUGUAUCAACAUCGGCACUCUGUGUUCUGCUGCAGUGUUCAGUCUUUUUCCAUUUACAAGAAAACACCUCCCAUCUUAAACCUCCAAUCUCAGCGCUAUACAUAUAAAGACUGUUUUUGAGCAGUAACAAAAGAUAAGCAGAGAUAGAAAAUCCUUCAAAUUCUAUCUUUUUUCUUUUUAAAGCACAGGUACUGCUUAUAUAAGCUUACAUGGCGGACAUGGAAGUAUCCUUAUUUUAAAAUUUCAGAUAUUGUACCCGCUUACUCUUAGUGUGUGUUGUGGGAUGUCGGGAAAGCCAGACAGUAAAAUGGUGAAGUUCUUAGCUCCCCCUCAGAAGAGUGGAAAUGGCCCAAGUUCAGAUUCGAUGGUGAGCGAGUGCCAGCCAACAGAAGUGAGACGCCGGCAUCACACCAUGGAGCGUGAUCGAUGUAACCCAGAACAUCGUUUUUUGCGUCGCAGUGUCAUCAGUGAUUCCAAUGCUACGGCACUGGCCCUCCCUUUACCCAGCAAGAUACCUAUCCCUGCACCUCAACGGAUUCAGCGACUAGCAGCUGUCCCUUGGCAGCCAGCCGGUGGCUGCUGCUCUCAACUUUUGCCAGCUGGAUCAAGUUUAGCUAAAAAUGAGGAGACUGGUGGAGGAGAUGAAGAAAAAGAUAUAGCCAAGGUGGAUAUAGUGCCUUCAGAGCAGGAGCAUACUAAUGUACAAAAUAUCUUUGAUGGAGGGGUGGUGGUAGCAGUUCACUCUGCACCAAGCUUAGGAAGAGAUUUGCCAACUGAAGCAGAACCUGAAAGCACCACUGAGGUUAGGGUACAUCAUGAUGACGAGGGGGAGGAAGAAGAUAAGGACUCUGCCAAGGCACGAGCAGAGGCAGAGCAGAGAGAAGCGGAGAAAAAAGUGCAGGAUGACAUCGAAGAGGCAGAGACCAAAGCAGUAGGAACAUCACCAGAUGGGCGUUUUCUGAAGUUUGAUAUAGAAAUUGGACGUGGCUCCUUCAAGACCGUCUACAAGGGCUUGGACACAGAGACAACUGUGGAGGUGGCUUGGUGUGAGCUACAGGAUCGUAAACUGUCGAAGACAGAGCGGCAGCGCUUUAAGGAGGAGGCGGGCAUGUUAAAGGGUCUUCAGCAUCCAAACAUUGUCCGCUUUUAUGACUCCUGGGAGGGGCCAUCCAAAGGCAGGAAAUGCAUUGUGCUCGUCACUGAACUCAUGACUUCUGGCACACUCAAAACAUAUCUGAAACGUUUCAAGGUGAUGAAAAUUAAAGUGCUGCGAAGCUGGUGUCGACAGAUUCUUAAGGGGCUCCACUUCCUUCAUACUCGGGCUCCCCCCAUCAUCCACAGAGACCUUAAGUGUGACAACAUUUUCAUCACAGGCCCAACAGGAUCCGUCAAGAUUGGAGACCUGGGACUGGCCACGCUCAAGCGUGCAUCCUUUGCCAAGAGUGUUAUAGGUACCCCUGAGUUCAUGGCGCCUGAGAUGUAUGAAGAGAAGUACGACGAGUCAGUGGAUGUGUAUGCCUUUGGAAUGUGCAUGCUGGAGAUGGCCACCUCAGAGUACCCUUACUCAGAGUGCCAGAAUGCUGCACAGAUCUACCGCAGAGUUACCAGUGGGGUGAAGCCGGGCAGCUUCGACAAGGUGGCCAGUCCUGAAGUGAAGGAGAUCAUUGAGGGAUGUAUUCGCCAGAACAAGGAUGAAAGGUAUUCAAUCAAGGAUCUUCUGAACCAUGCCUUCUUCCAGGAGGAGACUGGGGUGCGUGUGGAGUUGGCUGAGGAGGAUGAUGGAGAAAUGGAGGCUAUUAAGCUCUGGUUGAGAAUUGAGGAUAUAAAGAAACUCAAGGGGAAGUACAAAGAUAACGAAGCUAUUGAGUUUUCUUUUGACCUCAUCAAAGAUGUUCCAGAGGAUGUGGCUCAGGAAAUGGUUGAGUCUGGUUAUGUGUGUGAAGGAGACCACAAGACCAUUGCAAAGGCCAUUAAGGACAGGGUGUCUCUAAUUAGUCGCAAGAGAGCACAGCGGCAGAAGGUCAGAGAGGAUCAGGAGAAUAAAAGGCUAGAAGAAGAACUGCAGAGCCAGUUACAGGCAACACAGCAACCAGGCCAACAGUCUACAACGGAGGUGCCUCAGUCCCAGCCAGGGCCACAGUCUGCCUCUUGUAUCCCUCCAAAACCAAACCAACACAGCUCACAGAUAUCCCAGCCUGCAUCUCAGCAGAGCCUUCAGAGCUCCAACUACAACAUUCCUCAGUCAACCCAACUGACUGGUAUGGUACAGGGAGGACCUUAUGUCCCUCAGUCCACUGGGCCAGUUCCAGCUCAGGGUCAGAGUGUGGCCACUAUCCAACUGGAGUCAGAGGAGCUCGAGAAUGAACAGUAUCAACAAUUGCAUCACACUGGAGUUAAUCACAUGGGAGACGGACUGCAUGGUUCGUCUGUCCCCCCUGAGGCUCAGCUUCCUCAGCCUGGAACGUCGUACAGCUCCCCACCCAGUCAGCACCCUCAGCCCCAGCCCCAGCCCCAGGUCUCGUGCCCACAGACACAAAAUGAUCAAACACAACAGCAGCAGUUGCCAGUGGUCCAACCCCAGAUGCAAGGUGUCCAGCCUGACAUUACUCCUGUUGUACCCACCGGCCAGUCUGUUCCGGUGGCAACUCCACAGUACGGAGUUUACUACCAACCAUCGCUUCCCCCUCAGAUUCCCACCCAGCAAGUGAUGAUACCCCCAUCAUCUCAGUCAUCUGCACCCCAACAGCCGCAACAGUCAGAGACCAGCACUGCGCUUCAGAGCAACACUUUACCACAGGCACAGACUGGAGCUCAACAGCCACAGGCCUCAUCAAGUGUUACCCAUUCGACACCAGUGGAGCAGCCAGCAGGAUCCUCCCCUCUGGUGCCACCAUCUGUAGAAAGCUGCCUGUCUGAUGCUGCUUCAGGUCUUAGUGAUGGUAAUGAUGGAAGUUCUACAUCUGGAGGUCGACAUGAAGGGCGCUCACUAAAGCGCUACCAGCGGCGAUCUGUACGCAGUCGCUCCCGCCAUGAGAAGACUGCAAAGGCGAAGCUCAAUGUUCUCAGUAUCUCUAAUGUGGGAGACAGGGUAGCAGAGUGCCAGCUGGAAACACACAACAGGAAGAUGGUGACCUUCAGAUUUGACCUUGAUGGUGAUAAUCCAGAGGAAAUUGCACAGAUCAUGGUUGAGAGUGAGUUCAUCUUGGAGAGUGAGCGAGAGUCCUUCAUUGAGCAGGUCCGUGAAGUUAUAGAAAUGGCUGAUGAGAAAGGCGAUGGCAUGAAGGAAGCAUUUCCCAAGAUGAGUGAUGUCCAACAACAGCCUGAGCUGUCUGUCCCCAUGAUGCCAGUCAGCCCAGUGCCAGAGUCUCGUCUUAAAGAACAGUUCUUUGGAGCUACUUCUGCCAAUACCUCCUUUGGAGAUGAACUUUCCUCAGCUCCUAUGACAUUGGGGCUUUCUCUGUCUGCUCCAUCUGGAAUUCUCCAGCAGGCUUUCAGUAAAAUGAAGGGGGCUCACAUAGAAAGAAGCAGCACCCUUGAUCUCCCUGCUGCUGAGGAAGAACCAGCCACUGUCCCAUCCACCAAUGCUGGAGUCAAACUCCCAAACUCCAACAUUAUCCUCACUCCUCCAGACGCUGUAGCUUCCACCACUAGCGUUACUUUUCCAGGUUUGUCUCCCACACCUACUGCAACAUCCUCGCCACCUCCCUCAACUGGAAGGGUUUCCCCUCCACCUGUGUCUACUCAGUCCCAAACUCCAGCUCCUGUUACCAGUGAUCCAAAUCCCCCUCCUCAGUCUUCUCAUGAAACAUCCACUUCACAGCUUCCACCAGGUGCCACCCUCCCUGCCUCAUCCUCCAUUUCUUCUCCAUCAGCCCAGACCUCUGUCCCUGCAGUACCUGGCCCUCAGCUCAGCAGUAAUACUCCCUCUCUGUCUUCUGCUGCUGGCAUUACAUCCAGCAGUACUGGCACUGUCGUCACUUCAGAGCAGCAACCUGUUAAUGGUGCUGUCACAGCUUCUCAGCCUACGAAUCCAUCCGUCCAUGUGCCACAGCACACAGCCUCCCAGUGUCAGCCUGUUCCCCUUCCUACUCAGCCCCCAGUCCCAACAUCAUUACCCAGUCAGAGCCAGGCCCAACCGCAGCCAGUGGACUUAGAGGGAGCUGAACUCCAAACCAAGCUCGCUGGUGGAGAUGACAUCCAAGCCCUUGAUAAGAAGCUACGGUUCCUCUUUAAAGACCAGAACUCUGUCUCCUCGGCACCACUGGAUCCCAGUCAGAGCACAGGGACCUCAUCUCCUCCCACUGGGACUUCUUCUCCUCCGCCUGGAGCCGCUCUGGUGCACCCAUCUAACCUUCCCCUCACCUCUGGAGUGCAAGGUGUUUUGGGCCCCACAACCACCCCAGGACAGGGUAUUACCCCAGUAGGACAUGCCCAGACCCCUCCAACUAAGGCCAGGGCACAGACUCUACCUACUGGUUUUGAUCAAGCUGCUACACCCCCCUCUGACCUUGUACCCCUGUUUCCUGGACCAAAUCAGCUACAUUCACAACAGCCACUGGGUAAUCUGGAUGCCCAGUUGAGGAGAGCUCUGAGCCCAGAAACUGUUCAGGGAGUCCAGCCUCCAGCUACAGGUUUCACUCUGGGACGUUUCCAAGUGUCUGUUGCUACAGAUGGUGCGUCCAGUGGUGUUUCAGAUCCCUCCUGCAUUGUAUCCUCCUCUUCCCUCACACCGUCCUCCACCUCCUGUUCUACUACUUCUUCCUCCUCUUCCCCCUCAAGUCCAGAAAAUACCCUCCACCGUUCAUCCUCUCUUUCCAAAGGAGUUUGUGAAACUGAUACUGUAAAUGGAGCUUUGUCUCUCUCUGCUGGUCCUGCCAGUCAGCCCACCACUAUUGGGCGCUUCCAAGUGUCUAUGAGCAGCAGUGCCACAACUGGGCCAGCCACCGGCUCUAAAGUGGGACGAUUUUCAGUCACAGUGACCCCAUCUCCAGUAGCAGCCUCCAGUGUACAGAAUGGGCCUUCUUCUUCAAUCUCUGACCCGUAUAAUGCACAUAGCCACUACAGUAGUGACAAUGACGAAGACUCAGAGACUGAGGAUGAAGCUUUGCAGAAAGAAAUUAGCUGUCUAAGAGAAAAACAUAUGAAGGAAAUUCAGGCCUUGCAGACUCGUCAGAAAGAAGAGAUAGAGGCCCUGUUCACACGGAUGGGGAAACAGCCUCCUCCUUCUGUCUUCUCUCCUGCUGUGGCCAUGGCUGGAGGUCGACGUAGGCUGAAAAGCAAGAGCUACAAAUCUGCUCGCAGCAGUGGACAGCUCAGUCCCAUACACUCAGCCUCGGCUCAGAGCCUUCAGGGUUCAGAGGCCCCUCCAAAGCAGAGCUCCCCUCCACAGCUCACAUCCUCUCCCUUCAUGCCCAGCCUCACUAGUUGUACCAUAGGAUCAAGUGGGACCAGCUCCACAAGCAGUUCAGGCCUCUGCCCGAACCAUUCUACUUCCCUUACCCAGGCAACUGGGCCCACUUCUCUUGCUUCUCAUGCCCAGAAAGCCAAGGGCACCUUCACUGAUGACCUGCACCAACUGGUGGAUAACUGGGCCAGAGACAUGAGCCACUCCCAGGGCAAAAGAGGUCCUAAAGCUGGAGCACAGGCUGCACUGGGACAUGAUAUUAUCCCUCCAGCCAACCUGGGCCGUAAAUUCUCAGCUCCAGGCUACCUCUGCCCAACACUUCCCACACCUUCUAACACGGCAUCCACCACCACCACCACCACUCACCUCCCCAACCCAACCAAUCCCUCUGUCCCUUUGGGACCUCGUAAAGGCUCUCUGAGUCCAGUUGCUCAGGGGUUCGGAUAUGCCACUGCCCCAUACAGUGCUCCUCAGUGGGCAGGACCCACAGGCACAUGCCAGGUCAGCAUGCUUAACCCUGCACAGCCACUAACACAGUACCAGCCACCUACAACAGCCUCAGUGUCACUGUAUCAAGGCUACCACAUGGGAAACACAUCAGCCCCCCAGAAAUCAGUCAGCCCCGGAGGGUCCAACCUGAGGCCUACGUAGCCCAGUCCAGGCCGUGACUGCAGGGGGCCACACAGGGCCAAAAUUUUGUUGAACAACACCCACUUAAUCUCUUUGCAUUUUGCUGGUAAGGGGGUUGGGUAUUGUACUUUUUUUUAAUUUCAAUGUUUAUUAUUGUUAUGAGUUGACGUAUGUGGUUCAAGUCCUCUCAGGCAGAACCACAUCUGCCUGGCAGUUAGAGGGAGAGUGCAAUACACAUCCCCACAACACAAGAAUCCCCAUACCUGGCUUGCAAUUAGCUGUGGAAGUCAGCUGUGAUGAGUCGGUUGGUUGUCUGCAAAAACCCAAAGGCUUAAACAACAGCAUCCAAAGAUCUUUUGAGAGCAGCUGUUGCAGUGGCAAGAGGGUAGGAGAGAUUCUGGUUCACAUCCUUACUGCUACACCCAGCAUCCUUAGUGACUUUAAGCCAAGGUGUGCAUGACAGCAGGUGAACUUUAUAAUAUACCACAAUAGACGUGUGCACACACCUGAUUACACAUGGGCCUGGUUGACAGGCUCGGGAUGGUAUGUUGUCUCAGUGAGCAAAGGGAGAAUGUGAAUGUACAGAAAGUGGGAGAUGAAAGUGGGACAGUUUGUCCCAGAUGGAGCAGUAAAAUGUGAUGGGUGGAGUUAUGAAAAGAAAGCUGUAGUAAGUUAGCAGGAGUGUCACUGAUAGGGUUGGAAUCUGAAUAUGUCCCAGGGGUUACCUAUUAAGUAAAAUGCAAUAAUGGAAAAGAGUAGAUAAACUGUCCCGUAUAACUGUGGCCUUAAUCCCUCAAACACAUUUAAACUUUGACUUUGUACAUAUAUUUCUUCACUGGGCUAUGAUCCCUGCUAGCAGGUUUGUCCCUGUGGUGUCAGUGUGAUUUGAGUUGUCUAUCCCGAGCAGAUUUAGUAUGCUGAUGUAUUCCUCACACCUGACACACAAGCCAGUGGAGCUGCUACCUUUAAAAAAAAAAAAAA